CAGAAAGAGCCUCACCCCCACGAGCCGCUCAACAACUAUAAAACUGUUGCAAGGCUGUUGGGAGCCUGUCUGAGGCAUCACACUCCAGCAGAAAGGAAGGCAGAAGGUGGGUGGCUGUGGACAGGGAAAAGGAUCAAGUUGCAGGUCAGAGAGGAAUACCAUGGCUACUCUGUGCAGCUUCCUCAAAUAUAUGCUGUUUGCAACAUGUAGCUGGAAAGCAAUUGCUGCUUUCCCCAAUGCAUCGCCUUUGCUCAGCCGCAACUGGGGAAAUUCAGACAGCCUGCUGCACUUGUACACCUCCACAGCAAGAAAUAGCUUCCACCUGCAAAUCCACUCCAAUGGCUACGUGGAUGGAAGUCCGUAUCAAACCAUUUACAGUGCCUUGAUGAUCAAAUCCGAAGUUGCUGGUUAUGUUAUAAUAAAUGGUGUGAAAAGUGGACGUUUCCUUUGUAUGGAUAUGAAUGGGAACAUCUUUGGAUCGCAUUUCUUCAGUUAUGAGGACUGCACUUUCAAACACUGGGCCCUGGAAAAUGGUUAUGAUGUCUAUCAGUCUCCCAAAUACAAUUACCUUGUCAGUUUAGGAAAGGCAAAACAACCUUUGUUCCCCAAUAUGAACCCACCACCUUACUCCCAGUUCUUGUCCAGGAGAAAUGAAAUUCCUUUAGUCCAGUUCAACACACCGAAACCCCACAGACAUACCAGAAGUGCCAAUGCGGAUCCCUGUGGCAGCAUCAUAUCAUCAGGAAAUAUUGAUAAAGAAAACCUACAGUUCCAGCCAUUGAUGGAUAACACUAUAAUGAAUUCAAACAGUGAAGAUGAAGACCCAAACAGUGCAACCAUCAAUAGAAGAUUUUUGAGUCCUAGAACAGAUGCCAGGACCUGAACUGAAAUUAUAAUAUUCAGUAGUAACCAGAAAAAAACUUGAAUCGUUCCUUGAAACACUUGUUAGUCUACAUAUAACAGAAGUUAAAACCAUCUUUUCAGAUUAGUAGUUCAGAAUGAGUUUAUAACAAAUAAUCUAUGUUAAAUUGAGGUGACAGGAAAAUAUUCCUACUUUAUUGAGACUCCCGGGCGUUGUUGUCUGGAGAUGCAGAUUAUUGCUGUUGUUGUGUGCCUUAAAAUGGUUUCCAAUAUAU